AGCUGGUCUCUUUUGGUUGUCAGACAUUUUAAAAAAGCAACAACAGCGGGAAAAUUAGGAAAGAAAACAAACAAAGCAGCACAAGCCGUCUGCAGAAUUGCUACUAAACUCUCACACUUGGAUGCAUGCCCAAGCCUGCUCAUUUACUUUCAACAAUGGCAAGAUCUCUUGAAGCAUAUGUUUAAAAUGCAUAUUCAUCCUUAUGUCCCCAGAGUAAUAAUAGUAGAGAAACUUAAUUACUAUUGCAAAUUAUUUCCUGAGGAGGAGAACAUCCAAGAAAAAUAUGAACAUGAAGUUCAUAGUGCCAAAAUAUGUGCUUCUCUUAUUGACGCUACUUCAGUUUGUGCAAAAAGAUGUAAGAAUGACACUGUAUUGUUAGUAUCUUUUGAGCAAAAUCAAAGACAGGGAAACCUUGUUAAUAUGAUUGUUGACACUUACUUCAGUUCUACCCUGUGGUUAUUUGAUGAAACAAAUGAAGAAAACAAGGACAUUAUUUCAAUAAAAUCAUCUUCUUGUGCUGGAUUAGGCAAACAUGCAAAAUUGGAAUUUAUUCAUUUAAAAGAAAGUGAAACAUUAAUUCUUCAGAAAAUUGUGAACUUUGCAGGACUUACUCAGUAAAAACCGUAAUUAUAGAAUGCUUUGGUAAGGUAAGCGUCACCUCAUUUCUAUCUGUAGGACAUGCUGGAUAGAUCCACAUAUCCACAAAAAUCCUUUUUUUCUCCUAACAUUCAAUGUCUUUAACUUGUUUAUUUUUAUUCUUUGUUUCUAAAUGCCAGUUUAUAUGCUAAUUGUGUUUUUAGUUUAUUUUAUUGGAUUUGUAAUUUUUUAUAGAGACUAUUUGUACAACUAUUAUUCCCUUAUCCCUUGUAGGCCUUUUUUGUUUUGGAAGACUUUAAUUUCAAACUGCUUGUGAAAAUGUAGAUAUUUUAUUUUAUUCAUUUACUAUUUUUUUUGAAUAAUUUUAACUUAUAAGAAGAGAAUAUCUUAAGUAAAGGUGUGCCUGAAGGGCGUAAUAAUUACUGCAGGCGAUUAAACACUAACUUCUCAAAUUCUGUGUUAUUCUUUAUGCUGAUCCAGAUAUUACUACAACCAAAAAAAAGUCAUAGAUAAUAGAAUUCACAAGUUAGCUAUCAAAAACUAGCUCAUUGCACUUUCAAAACUUCUACACUAGUAAAAAAUUGUGUUGACAUGGAAUUUGCUGUAAACAGGAUGUGUUCCCAAUGGUUUAGAUGGAUUUGCACUAUCUUUUCAAGAGCUUAUGAAGAUAAGUUUUUUGAAAUAAAUGGAUUUUGGUAAAUUAUAGAAUUAAGUACUUUUGGUUGCAAAUGCAUCAAUUGUGCAUUUUAUUCACACUUCUUUAUCACCAGCUAGAAUUUGCCUUAACUAUUUUCAAGUUGUAUUUAUUAAGUUUCCACUGACAGAAAUAUUUAAUUUAUGACUUCUGAUUUCUAAUAAUUUUUUGACCAUCAUUCUUCUGACUGCCUGAAAAUUUUGUUUUCCCAGACUCCUAAUGAAAAAUGUUCAAGCUAUCUGUUGUAAUUUAUAAUUCCUUAGAAAAUUAAGUGAUAUUCCAGGAAAGACCAGGCAAGAAAAGACAUUUUAGUGUAUUACAGUGUAUUUUCACUGUUAAAUUAAUGAGGGCAAGAUUUUACAAUUUUCAUAAUUCUUUCACUGUAGAGUUAUGCUUGUUAUAUUCAUAACAUAAAAUAAAAAUGUGUAUACAACAUUUAUGAAAAUUAAUUCUUAUGUAUUUGGUAAGGUCACUUGGUAAUUAAUAUUUAUUAUAAAGGGUAUUUGGAUAUCAGAGAGCUAACAAAUUUUAAAAUUCAUUAUGUAUCUCAAGAAUAUUAACAGAAACAUCUAAAAAUACAUCAUUAACAAUUGUUUUUAAUUUUAUAUAAAUAUUGACAAAUUUAAGUGAUCUCAAAGCUCUGUGUAAGCUGCAAUGAACAUUUUUGCUGUUCAUAUAAAAGAUACAGAAUACUUGUACUAAUGAGGAGGCUGCCUGCGAGAUCAUUCUUUACUGUCAAGAAUCUCAGCUAGGCAAGUGACAUUUUCUUCAUUAUAAAAAUAAUACUUUACAUAUUUGUUGACAAAAGAUAUAGCGAGAUUGCUGAUUUCAGAUGAUUGUUCUCCAAAAUACUUAUUUGUGGAGUAAGGCAGUAUGAUGCAGCACCAUUUAUACAAAAUGCAAGUUAUGUUAAACAAUGACUAGCUCAUGUUUUUGUAUUUUGUAAACAAAUUAUACAAAACUCGAAGUGUUGAUUUUAGAUCCAAGUUCACAAUAUCUGCAACAAAGAGAAGGUAGGACCAGUUAUUAACAAUUCAUGUAUCACAGUGGAAGGGAACAAAAUUGGCGGGCAUCAAAAAAGCAACUUUAUAUUACCUUCAGGGCGAGCUUUGGGUUUUGCUAUCCCAACAUCUUGCAUUAAUUCAAAUGCAAAUGACACAUUAUGAACUUUCUGGUCAAAAUCUUGGGGAGUCAGAUGGAAACUGUACAAUGGCACAAAAAACCCUUCCAGGAGACCCAUGAGGAUUGUGAGGUAGACUCCGUCAUGAAACUGGGUAUCCAAAUCUGUGACUUCCAGAUUGACUUUGUUGAGGUGUUUGUUGACAAAUGUGACCAGAGACUGUAAGAAAACAGAAUUUUAUUUUGAAAGAGUUUUGUCAUUCUCUUCUAUUCACUUUUAUUUAUCAUCAGAAAAUAGUUAUUAAAGAGUUAAUAGUUUAAAUUUAGGUGUUGACAUUGAUUUCUGAAAUUCAUAGGGCACUAAUCUUUAUUACCCAAAGUUCUUAUGCUGUUAAUUCAGGAUAACCAGUUCUCAUGUAAAUGCUCCUUUCUACGUAUGAUCUUUUGGUAGGUUUUUAAAGAUAGAAAAUUAAAAGACUCAACCCAAGUGUUCAUUUAAUUUACAAUAUUUACUUGGAAAUUCUAACAUGGCUGCCAAUGAUGGAUGGCAAUGUUAACAAAAUGCUCAGGACUCGAGAAUUAAAAAAAGUUCUUUAAAUCUUAUUUUCUUCUGUAUUCAAUUGUGAUAUUUUUUUAAAAGUUAAAAUGAAUAUUUGUGAUAAAAUUGAUGGAAUUGAGCAAGUUGUCGAGGGGUUCAUAAUAGUUUAUCUAGAGGACUCUCAUUGAUUGUUAAAUGUCGGCGACUGACAACGUAUCUCAUUAAGUUAAAUGAUCAUAAUUCCCAGCAUCAGUGACAUUUUUAACACCAAAAGGUGAAAAUGAUCUGGUUGCAUAUGCUUCUGCGGCUGUAGUUUGUAUGGCUAUCUGUGACAAGCCACGUCACUAAUAUGGUGGCUAACGUUUUGGCCAGCAUAUUGUGGCCUUCCUCAGAAUGUACUGCUGCCAGAUGGCUAGCGAGGUCGCCUUAUAUGGAAGAGUAGGGAGGGUGGGAUUGCUCAAGUCUGUGAUCUGUUGCAGACACGCCCUUCCCCCCACUGAGAAAACUGAAACAGGCACACCCUACUGUGACAAUAUCACCCAUCUUCUUCCCUGAAGAUACCAUACCAUCUUCAUCCUAGCAUCUAUGAAGUGAUGUACCUGCAGUAAACAUCGCAUAGUGAUAAUAUAGGAAAAUAUGCUACUUUGUAUAUACUUUUUUCAUAAAAAAUAUGUAAUAAAAUUGAAGAAUGUUCAUAGAAUAAAAAAAUAUUUUGUGAAAAUACCAAAAUAUGUAAUAUAGUACUGAAUAUGUAUAAAAUUGUAGCAAAACAAUGAAUAUUGUGUUGGAAUGUAGGCAAUUCGCCAAGAUUACAAAUUUGAGAUCGAUAAGUAGAAAGACAAAAAGUAUGUAAUUGCAUAAAAAUCUGGUCUCUACUAAUGA